UGACUUGCUUGACUGUCACAAAAAAUGACUUGGACUUGCUUGAGACUUGCAGGUUAAGGCUCGAGACUUGCUUGUGUCUUGCACAUGUGUGACUUACUCCCACCUCUGGGUUUUUGUGUCCUUUCAAAUUGUUUCAUAUCGUGGUCGGCCUAUGUUGCUCUAACUUAGUUGUUCUCAAAGUGUGGGGCGGACCCAUAGACUGUAAAAAAUAGGGGCGGACCCCACUGGGGGAUAGAGACAUGUCAGGUGGGGCGCGAUGAACAGGAGGAAAUUAUUGCUAUUAUUAUUUGUCAUCUUUAAUAAUGCCUUUUGAUCAUAGAUUCAAAACAAAAUAGCCACGCACAAACAUAGGAGUCAUAAACAGUCCGACAUAUGAAUUAAAAUAGCAUGGACCAAGGCAGGAAAUGCAACGUGGAACAUUUUUUUUUAACAUUAGGCUACCAUUUUGCCGAGUUGAUGGGUCAGGUGGGUCUGGAAAAUUCCCCACUUCCAAAGUAAGAAAGAAAAAGGUCUGACACCAUAUUUCAGACAGAGAGUGGUAGCCUACUUGAUUUGUGUAGCCUAGAUUUACAAAAAAGGCCUUUAUUGGCACGCGUUCUCCUAUAGCCUACUGUAUAUAAUUUACCAUAGCCUAUAGGCCUACAUACAUUUACAAUUUUCUCAUGGCUUGCAAGCCUGUUAUAGGCUUAUAGACGGUUUACUUGACUGACUGUUGGAUAGCCACUUGAAUAACAAUUAGGCUACUGCAUUUCGAUAUAAACUUUUAGGUAGCAGACUCGUGUGUCAUGUGAACCAUGUGUCAUGAGUGUUAAAUAUGUAUUUAAAAUCCAGGUAUCGGCCCCUUGGACAUGUGAGGGCAGUCAUCUCUGGGCGGGGAAGGUUUCAGACAGGCGUGACAGCGCACAGCUAUCUGGGAGUUUUAACACAGACAGACAGACAGUACGUUAAAGGAGACACUGAAUGUUGAUGUCCUGUUGAACACACACAGGGAUGAUGGGAUUCACUGACGAAACCCAUCACCCCCAAUCCACAUGGAUUUGUAAGCAGAGUCAUCCAUCCGUUGCCCGUGAAAACCGUGUAAGUAGUUUCUGAAAUAUGACGAUUACGAUGUAAGUCAGACAUUGGGAAAAUCCUUUCUUACUAUACUAAGCUAGAUAUUGUUUUACUACACCUGCGACAGACUUAAAACUAUUGCAACAUUUGAAGAGUUGUUGAUUGCGAUUAUACUGCGUCUUCUUUCUGUUUAGUAUAGUGAAUUAUUGCACAAGGUAUUUCUCACUAUGUCUCCUUCUGCUUCACCUUUGGGUUGUAGGGGUUAGCUUUUUAAUGUCAAAAUUCAAUAUAUUCUUAGUCUAAAUUAUGUUGGGGAAAAUCGCUCAGUAUGAGUCGUGAAUGCUGAAGCGCAAGUGCCAGACCCUUUUGUUUGGAAGUGCAUAGCAGAGGGCUUGACAGGAAUUCUUCAUCAAAAGUACUCUAAAUAGAACUACAGAAUGUUAACAAAACUAUUUUAACAACGUAAUAAUCAAUUUAGUUUCUAUCUUAGUGGAUAGCAUCAAUUUAUUUUUCAUGUCAGCAAACAUCUGCGCCUAUCUGCAGCUGUUAAAUAUUUGUUUCGACAUGCGUUUUGGUGACUGUAUUCUAUUUAAUCACAUAGUUCUGUUGUUAGGACAGAUGCACCAAGACUGUAAAUCUGAAUGUGAAAAUGUUAUUCAUUUCUUCCCAGAAACCCAGUAAACUGGACAAGGCUGAUAGUAGCUGUGGGCUAAGAGGGGUGGACCUUAUUCCAAGUACAAAAACAGGACAUCAGACCUCUGUGUUUACUUCCAGCUCCUACAGUAUCUGAAUCCAGAGUAUAUUAGAUGGAUCAGAUGCCAGCUCUUCCUCCUAUUCCUCCUCCUCCUCCUCCUCCUCCUCCCCUACUUUCCCCAUUGUCUUCCAUCGAUUCGCCAACAUGUCCCAAACUACGGAAGCUGAACUGGGACCAGAUCCCGAGGGAACGAGUGAUGGGACGCCGGAGUGUGUGGACUGGCUCGGACGAGUUCCGCAUCGACAUGUCCUCCCUGGACGAACUCUUUGGACAGAAGGCGAGCCAUCCAGUGUGGAAGGGCAACAGGAUCCAGAUCGGAAGUCCCCAGGCUCUUACGACCUCCCAGAGCAUACCAGAGCGGGUAUCAAUCCUGGAUGGAAAGCGCAGCUUGAACAUCGGGAUAUUUCUGCGACAUUUCAAAAGCACCGUCCAGGAGAUCAUAGAGGAUGUCAGACAGGGCCGGGGUGACCGCUACGGGAGUGAGAAACUGAAUGAGCUCUGCAAACUGCUGCCGGACACAGAGGAGGAAAAACGGUUCAGGGCAUUUCAAGGACAUCACAGCCAACUGGAGCAGCCAGACUUCUUCUUGCUACUUCUGAUUGGGGUUCCCAGCUUCCGCUUGCGUCUUGAGGCUAUGAUUCUGAAGGAGGACUUUGACCCCGCCAUGAGCUCUGUCUGCAACUCAGCCCAGUGUUUGGUGAAAGCAGCAACAGAGCUGAUGAACUGUGCUGAGUUGCACUCUAUUCUACGACUCGUUCUUAAAGCUGGAAAUUACAUCAAUGCAGGAGGUUACGCUGGCAAUGCUGCUGGGUUCCAUAUCGUCUCACUUCUCAAGUUGGCUGAGACCAAAACCAACAAACCAGGAAUGAACCUGCUGCACUUUGUAGCUAUGGAAGCCACAAAGAAAGAUCCAUGCCUACUGUCAUUUCAACACAAGAUCAGCCAUGUGGAACCAGCUGCAAGACUGUCUCAGGAUGUAGUGACAGAGGACCUCUCCCAGUUGCGGAAGCGGGUUGUUGCUCUUCAAGGUGCCACUCAGAUCGAGGUUGAUCUGCAGCAGCAGAAUAAACUUUUUCUGCAGGGAGCGGAGGAGAAGCUGAAGGAGGCUGAGGAGGAAGUGAAGGCUAUGCUCAGCGCUCGGCAAACCCUGCUGGACUUCUUCUGUGAGGACGAGAUGACCUUUAAACUGGAGGAGGCCUGCAGCAUCUUUCAUUCCUUCCAACUGCGUUUUCAUAGAGCUGUGCAGGAGAAUAAGAUGCGCGAGCAGCUGGAGGAGAGGCGUGUUGAGCGGGAGAGAGCAGAGAUGGCGAGAGCGAAGGUCCGAGCCGGGAAACGGCGCUCCAUCGCCUCCUGCACUGCCCUGGAGGCCGAGUGGGAAGAGGAAGCAAACGAGCUGGCUGCUACCCUGGAGACGACUCUGUUGAAGGACCUGUGCCACCCCUUCCACUACCGCCGCGCGCGGGCAGGCCCCGGCUCUCGGCCAGGUGUUGGCUCCCGGCCAGGAGCCGCCUCCCAGCCACGGCCCGCCUUGCGCAGCCUCGCCGAACAGGACUCAGAGGAGGCAGAGGCGGACCAACAACGGAAGCACAUGGAGCUGACCGCACUACUCCUGUCCGACACAGAUGACCAGAGAACCACCUCAAGGGAGGCAGAGACCGCGCGAGCCUUAGCCCAAAUCAGACAGCCUUCCUCGGGCGUUCCCCGGCCGAGGCUUCAGGCUAUGGUGCGCUCACGUCCUAAGGUCGGGGAGACCCACACUCUGGUAAGAGGCCUGCACUCCUACAGGAGCAUGACCCUGCCCCCGCCCAGAACACCACCUCUCAGCAGGUGCCCACAGAAGAGGGAGGAGAAGGAGAUGGAGGAGGAGGUGGCGCAGGUGGCACAGGUGGCACAAGUGGCACAACCAGCACAACCACCUGGGGCUGCAGUCACAGCAGCUGCCAGCAGAGUCCAGAGAGGAAGCCUGCCCAGGAGGUGGGGAAUCACCCAUGCGAAUAAGAAUGCCAGCCAGAUGAGCAAGCAGCCCAGUCACCUGUGUGCUGUCCAGAAGACUGAGCCGGAGGACAGAGGUAGAGGCAAGGCCAACAACCCACUGCGCCGUCUGCUGGAGAAGGCAAAGCCAGACCGAGAGAGGAGCAAGGAGAAAGAGAGGGAGAAGAGCAAAGAGAGAGAGAUCGAGAAGAAAGACAAGCAGGGGGAGAAGAAAGAGAAGGACAAAGACAAGAAGGACAAAGCUAAGUGUACGACAGAAGACAAGACCUUGAGCCCCAGUGACGACAUGGAAGCAUUGGGAGGCCCCUCCACAGCCAUAUCCAGACUCCCAGCGACGCCGAUGACCUUUACACACGGGAACUGUAUCCCUCGCAUGUUUCAGAGCUCUAUGUUUACCACAGCGCGGGCGCUGCGCUCUGCCGUCAUCACGGCCGCCACCGCAGCCAAGUGGGACAGAAGCCGCAGCUCGACCCCCACCAAGAGCUUAGGAUCCCGCUUACCCACACCUGUGCCUGCCCGGGACAUUUCGCAGACCCGGAAGAUGUGAAACUGAGGGAGUCUGUGCUUCAGCACAUUCUCUUCUCUACUUUCUAAUUGACUGGAACAGCAUGUCACAUGUGCUGUGCUGAGAAUACUUUGUUUACGUAAAGGUCAGGAGCAACAUGUCUUUACACACCCAAAGCUGACCUCAAAUCAUACUGUUGAAGGAGAAAACAUUCACAGAUUUAGAACCCUGUCAGAUUCAAAACAUGCAUAACAGUAAGAACUUUCUUAAUUUUAUUGGAGGGCUUGGUGAACAACACUACCUCCUCCUGAUUUAAAAUAGUUGACUCUUGGCCUUGUUUUUUGUAUGUGUGUGUAUGGUGGUGUUCACAAAUUUCAAAUCAUUUUAAAAGUUUGAGAUAAAAAUAAAUCUCAGGAACCUAAACAACAAAAGUUAAGAAUUUCAAAUAAAAAUGGUGGAUAUCAUGUUGGAAACUAUCUGGAAUAUGUGUGUGGUGACCAUCUUACUAUAAUCAACAUUGUAAAUGAGAUUGGAAAACAUGUAUUGUCAGCUUAUACUUGAGUGAGAGAGAGCAAUGUGAAGUAGACAACACAAUGGACUUGCUCCAAGUGUUGCUUUUGAAGUGAGAUGUGUUGAGUUGUGUUUUAUGGAGCAGCCACAAAAGAUCAGAAACUAGAACCGUUGUUCAGGAAGCCUCGGGAAGUAGGAGAUGGUGGAAGAGAUUGGGAGGAGAGUUUAACGCCUAUCAAACUGGGUGGAGAACAGGAAAACUGCAGGAAAGGAAUAAAGGGGAUAAAGAAGGUAGCUGAGAAGUUGUUAUUGGAAAUGUUGCUUUGUGGUGUGCAGUAGAAUUUAGCAAAUGAAGAUGGCUGAGGUGAAUGUCUUCAAGAAGUACACAGAAAAGUUAUUUCUACAUUUAUUUUGACAUAUUUGACAAAGAUAUGGUUAUUAAAAAUAAAGAAUGUAA